AUGGAGAAGAAGCUCCUGGACAUGGCGAAGUCCAUGGAGGACGCGCUCGACGACGAGCUCCACAGGAUGAACAACAUGGACGCGGACGACCUGGAGAACAUCCGCCGGAAACGACUCGAAGCGAUGAAGGGCGCGCAGGACAAGAGGAAAGCGUGGCUCGCGAAAGGCCACGGCGAACUGAGAGACAUCUCGGACGAGAAGGAGUUCUUCAGCGAGAUGAAAGGCGAGGACAAGAUGGUCGUGCACUUCUACCGGAACAACUGGCCGUGCAAGGUGAUGGACAUGCACCUGGGCGCGCUGUCGAAGAGACACCUCGAGACGAAGUUUUGCCGCAUCGACGCGGAGAAGUCGCAGUUCCUCACCGAACGCUUAAAGAUUUGGAUGCUUCCCACGCUCGCGUGCAUCUCGAAAGAGAAAGUCCUGGACUACGUCGUCGGGUUCGACGACCUCGGCGGCACGGACGACUUCCCCACGGAGCACUUGCGGUUGUGCCUGGCGUCGAAAAACAUGCUGACGUACGAGGGCGGGGACAACGACAUCGACGUCGACCCGCGCGCGAGGGCGAAACAAAACGAGGAGCCGGAGGCGAUCAGGAACUUGCGCAAGGGCGGGCCGCGCGGGACCGGGAACUUGGAGCUGAACUCGGACGACGAGGAUUCGGAUUUCGAUUGA